AGACGAUCUCAUCGUAAGUCUCGUAAUGGCUGCUCCCAGUGCAAAGUUCGUCACAUAAAGUGCAAUGAGGUCAAACCGCAAUGUGGGAACUGCCAGCGUCUGGACAUAAAUUGCAGCUUUGCUCCUGCGGCCGCAAGUCCACAUCCAAGCCUUGUCUCACAAACAUCAACUUCUCUUGGGACUCCACCAAUCAUUCAGCCUUCGACUCAGCCUCUAUGUCUUCUAGAUCUGGAGCUGUAUCAUCACCUCGUUCAUCAUUACAGUGCUGCCUUGGUCCCAGACCCCAAGCUUCGAGCUGAUAUCUUCGAACAAAUCUUGGAGCAUAGUCUGUCAUAUGACUUUUUGAUCCACAACUUCAUGGCUCUUUCCGCUCUGCACCUUUACUCAGAGAAUCGAUCUAGGUCUGAACUGUUCGACAGAGCUUGCUACCUACAAGGUGUCGCUAUCCAGCUAGUCCAACCAGUCAUUGCAAAUCUGCGUCAGGAAGAUUCUCUAGCUGCUUUGAUGUUUUCUGGUCACACUACCUCUUUUGGAUUGGCUGAGUACAUGCUGAAUCCUCACCACGACGACACAGAUCCUAUUGAUAAGAUCGUCGAAUGCUUCCAACUGAGUCGAGGCAUCAAGCUUGUCGUCUCGCCAUUCUGGCCCUACUUGUCUCAGACCUGGCUCAACAAGCUAUUUUCAAGCGAGCCAAAUAAUGAAGACCGAAUUAGAGCUACCCUUGCCUCCAUAUUCCCUACCUACUCGAUGGUGCGAUCUCUUGCUUUUGGUCAAGAAGACGCAGAUCGCCGCAAAUGCUGUCUGGAAACGAUUGAAGACAUUUUCACGUUCAUUGAGGCUUCAUCACGACAUCCGCAAGAUUAUCCGACCCCUUCGCAUCUCAUCGACCGAUGGGCUGUUAGGAUACCUGUUGUCUUCAAAGACAUGUUGGUGGAGCGAAAGCCUAUCGCUCUUAUAAUCUUGGCAUACUGGGCUGUUUUGACGAGCAUCAAUCCACGAUCAUGGCAUCUAAGAGGCUUGGCUGAAGUUCUCAUUGCGCGAAUUGAAGACAUACUCGGAGAAGAAUGGACUGAAUUUCUUCGCUGGCCCCGAGAAAGAAUCAUA